AUGGGUAAAAUUGUUGGUGUCGGUUUCCGUCCUACAGAACAAGAACUCGUCGAUUUCUACCUCAAACACAAGUUGCUGGGUGAUGAUUCCCGUGUCGACGUUAUCCCUGUCAUUGACCUCUGCCAUGUGGAACCUUCGGAUGUACCAGGGAUACUUGCAAAAUCACGGAUUCGAUUCGGUGACCCAGAUUGGUUUUUCUUCAGUCCGGUUGAUUUCAAGUAUUCAAACAGUAAAAGGGUUAACAGGAAAACCGAGAAAGGGUUCUGGAAAGCCACUGGAAAAGACCGUGAUAUUAGCAGCUGGAACACCAACACUCUCAUUGCCACAAAGAAGAAUCUUGUUUACUACACAGGAAUUGUUUCCUGUGGUGUCAAGUCCUACUGGGUUAUUCACGAAUAUCACGCUGUUACCUUUCAUGAAAGCGAGAGGUGUUUUGUUUUAUGCCGCUUGAUGAGAAAAUCUGGGAAAACAACUGAAGGGGGAACCGAUCCACCAAUCUGUGGUGAAGAGGAGCCCAGCAUAAUCAAGGGAGGUACUUUUUCAGGAGUGGAAACAAUCUUUCUGGCUGAUCCUCAGACAGAGACAUACGUCUCCCAAAUACAACCGUCUCCACGAGAAGAAGCAUCUUUUCCAAAUUAUCCACUAAACAAUGUCUGUUUUGGAAAUGAAAAGAGCUUUAUGCAAGAUGAAUACCUGAAUCGAAUUUUAGCCGAUGAAAACUUAGAUAAUGAUGAAGAAAGUAGUUGUACUUUUGUUGAUAAUUUUUCUCAAAAGGACACAAAUAUCGUGGAUAGUUCAUUUGUUCACGAUAAAUAUUUCAAUUAUGACGAAUACCAUUCAUCAAAAAGGUUGAAAUUAUCAAAAGAUGUUGCUGAUGAUGCAUCAACAAAUCAAGAAACAAAAGAAAGUAUGAUUGGAGAUGGAUUUUGGAGAAUGGAAUCAUCCUCUUGUGAUUCAACUCCAAAUGGAGUUUUGGAGAUUAAUUGCACUGAAGUUUCUAGUUCUCGGUCCAUUUCAUGA